UAAUUCAGAGCUACAUUAAAACGGGAGAACAGCGUUUAGGAAAUCGUGCUGUAAGUCAUGAGAGAUAUUUUGGCGAAAGUGAAAUCACCGCUACUGAGAAACAGCGACUGAGGAUCAUCACCGUUUAACAUCUAUACAGCCUACGAUAGUAUAUAGGGGGGGAUGUCCUAUAAAAGCAAGAAUAUAUGCUGAUUUAUUUCUGCUGUUGAUUCAAACGUUAUUUUUCAAACAGUAGGUGUUUUUGAGUAUAAAUGGCUGGCAGAAGUGUAAACGGUCGUCAUGGGUUGCGGGGCCACGCAGGGAGAACCGCAGCUUUAGCCCGGCUGCUUCAUAAGGAAUGCAUCCAACUCCUGGAGUUAUACAGAAACAGUGAAUCACUGCCGUCCUCGCCGGUCGACGGAGGUUAUUUAGUGUCCGUUCCUCCACUGGUUCCUCAGCUGUCAGAUGCAGAAAAAAUAUGUAUCCUGCAUGCUGCGCUCAAGGAGUGUCUGCGACUUCUGGAAGAUGUCAUUACCCGGGAGGACGAAGAAUUUUCCAAUGAAGACAGCGAGUACAAGAGAAAACGGAAAACUGUGAGGGAUCGUCUGGGGCACCUGUUGGCAAGCACAGAGCAGCUGCUAGUGGAUGGCCAAAAAUUUGAAGCUAAAGUUAAAGAGGAGCUGGAUGGUCAAGUGGCCAGUGGGAGUUUUGGUCUGAAGAUGUGGAUUGUACGAGUGCUGCAGGACCUCGUGCACUGGACUGGCCAAACGUCUGACACCCUCCGCUCUAUGCCAGCAGAGAUGGAGAAAGCACCAAAGACAAUGUCCCGAAGGACAAGAAGAGGCGCCGGGAAAAUAAAGAAGUGAGACUGGAUACGUGAUGAAAAAAGAGAAUGAAAGGGUGGAGAGGAAGAGGUCAGUAUGAUAAGAAUGAGGAGAAGGAAUUUCAUUACAGCAUGGAGAAUGUAGAGAGUCAGAGGAUCUGGAUGCAGUCACUGGAAUUCAGCAUUCCAGCAUGGGGAAAGCAGGAGGGGAGGGUUUGAACAAGAUAUUAUUUUAUGAAAGUUAUUUUAAUAUAUUUCUUGGUCAUUAAAAUUAGAUUUUAGAGUGUAGCAAUGAAUGUAAAUGUACUGUAUGGUUUUAUUACCUUUUUAGAUUGUUGACCUUUAGAUUGUUGAGUCAUAGCAGACACUGCAGACAAUUUUUUUUUUUUUUUUUAAUUGACCAUGAUGAUCAAAGUGAGUUAAUAUAUUAUACUUUUGUUUGCAUAUCAAAAUUAAUGUGUGCAUUUAUUUGUAUCUAUAAGGGAUGGUUCACACAAAAAUGAACAUUUUGUCAUAAUUUACACACCCUCAUGUAUAGCACUUUACAAUUAGAUUUCAUUUGUUAACAUUAGUUAGCUGAACUUCCACAGCAUUUAUUUAUGAUAUUUAAUCAAAAGUUGUAUCUGUUAACAUUACUUAAUACACUGUUAACUUACAAGAACAAUAAACAAUUGUUAUUUUUUAUUACCUAACAUUAAAAGUUAAUAAAUGCUGUAAAAAUAUAUUGCUCAUUGUUAGUUUACAUAAGUUUAUGCAUUAACUAAUAUUAACAAAUAAGACUUCACUGUAAAGUGUUACCAAAAUAUCUAUCUCUUUUUCUUUUUUUCUUUCUUUUUUUUUUUUGUGGACCCCUACGUCCUUCGAAAUAUUUUCUUCUUUAUACAGAUUUAGCAGGACAUAAGUAAAUGUGAGUGAGUAAAUGAUGAAGCAAUAUUCAUUUUUGGUGGACUAUCCCUGGAAAUUUCUCCUCAAAAUGAUAAUCUACUGUUUCAAAUAUCUAGAACAAUCUACUGUACAAACAGUGAUGCAUAACUUUAAAAGGCUGCUUCUUCACAUUUAUUAUUCAAAUGCUUUUCAUUCCUGUUACAUAUGCAGUGGGCAGUUAUUAAGUGUACCAUCUGUUGAUGUUUGUUUGGAUUAAUUCCCCCAUCCACACUCACGAAACACUCAUGCCCUCUGCUGGCUACAUAAAGUUCUGCUUUUUAUUCCAGGUCAACUUGUCAGAGGUGACUCUGAGGCCUUUUUUAUGAUGAUUGAAUCAUUGUGCCUUUACACUGAUUUUAGCAUGUUCAGUAUAUACUCAAAAUCCGUAUCUUAGCAAGCUUGGGUCUGUCUGUGAUUUAGGUGAUGUACUGUAUAGAGGAACUCUGGUGGAAGAGCAUUAAUGAUUCAGCACCUGGUUACUGUAUGAAGAGACUGGAAUUGGUGAAGAAAGAAAAACACUACCAUAUAAUAAUUUAUUAUUAAUAUAUGCAUUUUAAACUUGCACUGCAAUAAAUGGCAAUAUCUGAGCUGUCAUUCAAACAGGUUUCUGUCAGUAACUUUUAGUUUGAUGACUCUUUUUGUAUGUGUGUGUAUAUGUGUGGACAACUAUGAUAAAGGAAAAGCAGGAUGUGUGUUUGGAAGAGAGGGGGUGGAGUGUAUGUUUGUUGUCUGUGUGUGUGUGUGUGUGUGUGUGUGUAUUGGAAGAGAGGCAGGAUGCCUGUGAAAGGGGGAGGGGUGUGUAUGUGUGUGUUAUUGUAUGCGUGUAUUUGUCUGAGUAUAUGCAUGUGCAAGUGAGUUACAGAGUCAGAGAGAAUGUGAAUGUGUGUAUGUGAUGUGUGCGUGCGAGGCAGGAUGUGUGUGUGUGUGUGUGUGUGAGAG